UCAUGGAAAUUUUAAUGCGUUCAACUAUACAUUUUACUAAAGUACGUUCUGACAAAUAUGUAUUCACAUACGGUUAACCCAUAGAUAAGUUUUCGAUCGUAUUCUGAAUCAUUGUCCUGGGUGUGAGAAAUUUAGCGCUAAAUUUCGCUGGAAUUAGUUUUCUGUGUUAAUUUUACAUAUUUACUAGUGCGUUCUUGCAGUGGGCUGCACAUUGCAAAAAUGUCCUCCACAAGUCGCGAAGGAGCCGUUUCCGGCGAACCUGUAGUUCAGCCAUCGGUAGUGUACGAAAUCGAACAGGGCCCGGGAUCAAAACCCAAAAAUGGCCGUCCGCCUUUUCCCUGGUGGUGUGAUCUUUUUGGACCUUAUGAGGUAAUAGAAAAAGGGAGCACCACUAAUAGAAACGGGCAUGAGACUGACGUGGUGGCCUUCGCUGAUACUAUCAUCAGGGGAAUCGGUGCAUUUACGCUUGUCUCGGUUUUUGAUCACGGAGGCGGUCGCUUCAUGUCACAAUGCUUGUGGGGCGCUCGAGCGGCCUAUAUUAAACAGCUCCCACAUCCCUGUCCAGUUCGACUAGAACACCAUCGAGACGGAACUGUCAUUACCAGACAAGGUAUCCAUAAUCACGGGCCUGAACCGGAAGCACCGAGUCCGCUUUCAGGGCGCAUGCCACCUCUGCCAGAAGUCGUGCCUACUUUCGAAGAGGUCUAUGCCACUAUACAACCUUUCAAAAAGCAGUUUAGACGAGAGUUUAAAACUUACGUAACUGUGCUCGAUGAAGAUACAAACCAGUUUGUUCAAAUGCCGAUCACAACCGAAAACAUCCGCAAGGUUUUUGAUUCCCACCAGCAGGUUAUGGUAGAUGGUAAACUCCGUUAUUGCUGUCCGGUAGAUGACUGCGGCUCGCAAAUGCUAGGUAAAUGGAACCUAUUCAGUCAUAUGCAACUUCACCAUCUACCUGAAGGUCAACGCAUCGUACCUAAACACGUGAAAACAACUUCUAAAAUAUCCGGGUUAUCAAUUGUCUGUCCCAUCUGCAAAGAGAACUUCAAGUGGCGUCGCAAGUGCCUUCAGCACAUUAUCGAUCAUCAUCAUGUGCCCCUCAGUGUUUCCGAACAUGAGUUUGCAUCUGCGGAUGACUUUUGGAAGUGGAAAGUCCGUACAGAAACCGAAGAAAUGUCAACGUUUUCUCGUCAUAAACAGUCGAAACUUCAUGAAAUCGAGGGAAUCUACCAGUGUUUUUUGGGGAGACGUGCUGCCUUUGAACGUAAGUGUGAAGGUGAAGCAAAGCCUCGAAAAAAAGCUCGCUUAUUGAAUCAUUUUUGCCCUGCGAUAAUGGAUGUGAAACUUGUUGAUGGACGUGAUAAUACCAGAGGUGGUAGCGGUCGAAUCCAUGUUAAAUUCUAUAGGACACACAUUGGACACACGCCGUCCCCUCUUGAUGUAAAAAUGACCGAGGAAGAUUCGCAGUGGCUACGAGAGCAACUGGAAGCUGGAAAGGAUCCUCAAGACAUUAUGGCUGAGGUUGCUCGCAACUUUGACGGACGAGGUCCGCUUAGAAGGCUGCAUGUUCUCGACCUCGGAGACAUCGCUAGAACAGCAUUUCGUUACGGAUUGCGCAACCCGGAAAUCAGGCGCGCCUAUGAGUGGUGGCGAACAGUGGAUUUCAGUCGCGAUUUGAAUUUGGCACGGCGAAGGCUCGUCGAGGUAAUCCGAGCCAAACUUAAUAGGGAGGAACAUCCUGUAGUAAAGAAAACUGAAAAGCAUCAAUGGGCUGAAUCGCGUAUCAAACAGGUGUUAGAGCUAAAUGGAGUUUGUCAUGUUCGAGAAGGGGAUGAGGUUCACGUUGUCUAUCCACGCAAGUCUAAUCACUCGAGCUGCGAGGAGACAUGUGUUUCCUGUGACGUUUGUGUUCAUAGAUAUGGUUGCACAUGCGUGUCACAUGUUAUUGACGGACAGAUGUGUCAGCAUAUUCACGCGGUUGCGCUUCGUAAAGGCCCGCCCGGAGUUAUGUUUGUCUCCGAGCGACCAAUAGAUUCUGAAGAAAAGUUCAACCCCGAGCGUGAGAUACGCGCAUUGGGGCGAAUCAAUUACAAUCAACGCGUACAAGAUAUACUUUUGACCCUAGUGCCUCGGAUGAUCCAAGCAUUGCAGGGCGACCACUUCGUAGAUCUAGAAAGAGUGGCCCAGCUAAUUGAGAAUGCCACUGAGGUGUUAGAAGCAACUGGUCCUGUACCUAAUAUUCAUGUUGAAGAAAAUGUUCCUAAACCACUACCGCUUGACGAGUUCCGAGGUUUUGUAAGUAAGAUAAGAUCAGCGGCCGAAGAUCACGAUGGUAUAGCAGAUAUUGCCGUUGAGGGUGACCUCAUUAAUAAGGAAGUUCAAGUGAACCCUGCUGAUAUUGAGAAGGAGUAUGCAGAUCUAGAAGAGGAAGAAACCUACUUCGAACGGCUAAUGUUGUCUGUGAACAAAAGAAACAAAAAGACUAAACGCACUCCUAAAGCUGUGUUUAAAGCACAGAGGAACACGAACAAAAAGCGAAAGCCCACUAAAGCGCAAACUAAAUCACCUUUAAAAGCUCCACUUAAUUCUAUAACUAAGAGAAGACCAGGCCGGCCUAAAAAGACGAAUCUCCCUGCAGAACAAUCAUCAGAAAAAAUCGUAUCAGCACCAAAUCGACGUAGCAAUCGUAUAUCUGAAAAACGUGCUUUAGCUUUAAAAAAUGCUAUACCGCUAAGUUCGAAGCGGAGAAAAACAGUUGAUUCAAGUGUCGCCAACGAAAAUCUAAAAGACGCCGUAACUUUAAAACAAAACGGUUGUAGAACCAUAAAUUUGGCAGACGACACCAUCGAAAUUAAAGUGGAAACCGACACGAUCGAGAAAACGCCGCAGAUCGUCGUUUUGCCUUAUCAAGACGGUGUAACACCAGCGAGACCAUUAGCCGGCAAGGGCCGUGCUAGUAAAGCUGGCAUUGACGAAACGCAAACAGUACAUGAGUUUGUCAUUACGCCGGCGACAAAGCGAUCACGUACUCCUGGGGGCAGCAGAAAUUCAGCUCACGUAGUGGAGCCAUCCCUGGUUGAAACUGUUGUCGUCGAGGUCUCUCCUGCUGAGCCAGGCAUUUCUACAACGUCAUCGGAGCCUGCUGCCGUAUCAAAAUUACCGAGCUCUGGAAAAUCUCAAAGCACGUUGGCGGUCCAGGGCUGUUUACAUGACCACAUAUACCUGUAAACUUUUGCGAGAUUUGCAGUAGCUUCCAAGAGCUAAGACUGCUGAGUUGUUUGUGAUAGCAAUGCCGAAUAAGAUACUUUAUAGUGUAUUACGAAUACGUAGCGAAAGGACACUAACCGUUGUUGGCGUCUGAGAUUAGGGGGCUGCCUAAAGUUAUUAGUUGGCAUUUAUUCCGACUUAUGACAACAGAAAGCUAAAAAAUAUGCGUUCUAAAAUAACAGAGCUGACACAAAGUAAACGCUUGUUGUAAAUUUAACUUAGAAACUACUAAUCACUUAAAAGGAAACGGAUACUUAAGUCCGGUGCCCUUUUUCGGUCUUUCUAAAGAAUUCUUGUAUUUUGGCGGUUUGCUGUAUGGCUGUUGGAUGAUAGUUUUUCUGUAUACAUCUCUGAAUGCGUCAUUCUGAAAACUCCGUUCAUAUUAUUCAUUUCUUUUGGUUUUGAUUCACAUUUAACAAUCAAAAUGAGAUACUUCUUUUUGGUAUUGCGUAUAGUUCGACCGCGCGAGAGUCUAUGCUAAGAAAUGCUAUAACGGUAUCGCAAAACACUAUUAUUCCGCGUAUUAAUUAUGAGCUAACGUAAUAAUCCACUUCCUGAAUGAUAAUGAAAAACACUAACACAAUUAUGUAUAUACAGCAAUAAAAUUAAUAAAUAGAUUACAGUAUUUGCCUACAAUAAAUAAACUAUAGAUAAAACUGUGUCAUACAUGACCAAGCAAGAUAUUUUU